AUGGACCACAACCAGAUAUUCUCUCGAAGAAGGAUCGAAGCACUCAUCGCUGCUGGCCGUGUCAUCGUUAUCACAGAAGGGAGAGUACUGCAGCUUGACGGCUGGCUAGACAAACACCCUGGCGGACGGUUGGCCGUACUUCAUAUGGUUGGAAGAGAUGCUACCGAUGAGAUUAAUGUCUACCACUCCCACAAGGCAUUGCAAAUGAUGAACAAAUACCGCAUAGGCCUGAUAGCUGGGCCGUGGGUAAACUUUACACCACCAAUAAGAGGAGGCAUCUACCGGGAUAACACAGAAGCUGCUCAAUACAUUCCUGACGACGAAGAUGGCGACGACGCUGGCAGCUCCUGGAGCUCAAGCCUAGAGUCUUUGAAUUCCAGUACGACAAGCCUCGACUCCAUGACAACUGAGGAUACCAGCCACUCGGCUAUGAUCAGUAGUCAUCCCAACAAGGGCCUUGACCAGUACUCCUCAUCUGUACACCAUGAUCAAGGCACGGAACAUAGACAUAAAUCUUCAAAUGCCCAACUGAACGAUCAUCAGCACUUGUCGCCCACGGACUACACAUCGUCUGCUGUACAGAAAGCCAUCGACAACGAUGUCCGGGACAAUCCCUCAUUAGAUGCAGAGACACAGCGCGCGAUCACCUUGAAAUAUCAGACAUUGCAUCAGCGAGUCAAAGACGAAGGUUUCUAUGAAUGCCAUUACAUCGAAUACGGCAAGGAAAUUAUACGAUACAUCCUCCUGUUCUCUCUUUUUUUGACUUUCCUUCGAGCGGAGUGGUAUCUGACUUCCGCAUGCUUUCUCGGUCUAUUCUGGCAUCAGAUCAUGUUCACGGCGCAUGACGCAGGCCAUAGAGGCAUUACGCACAAUUUUGUGGCUGAUACCAUGAUUGGUAUUUUCAUUGCCGACUUUUGUUGCGGACUGUCGAUAGGCUGGUGGAAAAGCAGCCAUAAUGUUCAUCACCUUGUGACCAACCACCCAGAACAUGACCCUGAUAUUCAAAACGUACCUUUGUUCGCCACUUGUCCAUCCUUCUUUCGCUCCCUCCAUUCCAGCUAUUACGACUUCACCUACACCUGGGAUGCCUUCGCCAACAUUGCGGUCAAGUACCAGGCUUACACCUACUACCCAGUCAUGGGCAUUGCCCGAUUCAACCUAUACCUCCUAUCAUGGCUGCACCUCCUCUCUUCUCGCUCCACAAACCUUGGCUGCGCAGCCUGGACUCGGCCUACCGAGAUAGCAUUCAUGUUGGGCUAUUGGUUUCUGUUCGGGUAUUGCUUGUUAUGGCGAAGUAUUCCGACCUGGACUCUACGCGUCGCUUUCGUUCUCGUUUCUCACAUUAUCACUAUGCCGCUACAUGUGCAGAUCACACUUUCGCAUUGGGCAAUGCCAACUGCCGACCUCGGCGAUGCAGAGUCUUUCCCUCAACGGCAGUUGAGAACAACAAUGGACGUUGACUGUCCUGCUUGGUUUGACUUUGUCCAUGGUGGUCUGCAGUUCCAAGCCGUGCAUCACCUCUUUCCUCGGGUUCCUCGGCACAACUUGAGGAGACUGCAAGUGCUCGUAAGAGAGUUUUGUGAGGAUACGAACAUUGAGUAUAAGAUCUUUGGGUUUGUUGAGGGUAAUAAGCAAGUGCUGGGAAAGCUGGGCGAGGUGGCAGCGCAGGUGGAAAUGAUGGUCAAAUGUCAAACGUACAUGGCUGCAACUGGGGAGAGUGGGCUGCAUUGA